GCUGCGGGUCGAGACCUGGAUGGAAUUCUGAUCGUCUUCUCAUCAAAUCCGUGCCGCUGUCCGGGCUGUCGUCUCCUAAGAAAAGUCGUGGGACCAUGUCGAAUAUGGAGAAACACCUAUUUAACUUGAAGUUUGCUGCAAAAGAGCUUAAUAGGAAUGCCAAGAAAUGUGAUAAAGAAGAAAAGUCUGAAAAGGCUAAGAUUAAAAAGGCUAUUCAGAAAGGGAAUACUGAAGUUGCAAGAAUACAUGCUGAAAAUGCAAUCCGCCAGAAGAACCAAGCAAUUAAUUUCUUGAGAAUGAGUGCUAGGGUUGAUGCUGUGGCAGCCAGAGUUCAAACUGCAGUAACAAUGGGCAAGGUAACCAAGUCCAUGGCAGGUGUAGUUAAAUCUAUGGAUGCUACUUUGAGGAGUAUGAACCUUGAAAAGAUUUCUGCCCUGAUGGACAAAUUUGAACACCAAUUUGAAACUCUCGAUGUUCAAACACAACAAAUGGAAGACACAAUGAGUAGUACUACAACCCUAACAACACCACAAAGCCAAGUGGAUAUGCUGCUUCAAGAAAUGGCAGAUGAAGCUGGCCUUGAUCUCAAUAUGGAACUACCACAGGGUCAGACAGGAUCUGUUGGCACCAGUGUUGCUUCCAUGGAACAGGAUGAACUAUCACAGAGACUUGCUCGUCUACGUGAUCAAUUGUAAUUUAAAGAACUGGUGCUUUUGUUUACUUCACCUACUUCUGAAAAACUUCAUGAGUAUAUAUAGAUAAGUUGUACUCUAGUUACAUUAAGAGCAACAUAUGUUAAAGAAUGCUUAAAUGCUAUUUAUAAUGGUUUCUUUUGCCAUGUUGUACUUUCUAAUACUUUAAGAAAUUCCAGAGAGUUUCCACCUUGGCAUAUUUUAUAGUUUUGUAUAUUAUAUUGUAAAAUGUGAAGGACUUUUUUUAGAUGACUUUGACCAAGCUAGCAUUAAUUUGUUGUAUAUGAAACAUUCUCCUCAAAAAUUGCAUAAAAAAUCUGGCAACAAAGUACUACAGAAGAAAGUAUAGAAUAAAUAUUUUGGUUUCUUUUAGUUCAAAGUUGUUUUAAAUCUCUGCAUUCACAUAUGAUGCAUAAAAAUAAAAGCAGGGAGACCAAGUUUACUUAACAUGCUUACAUAGCCAAAAAUACCUUAUUUAGUGUCAUAUGAUGGGCAAUGCUAUUUUUUUUAAUGCAUUUUUUAUUUUUAGAGAGAGAGGAAAGGAGAGGGAGAGAAGAGAAACAUCGAUGUGAGAGUGGAACAUCCAUUGGUAGCCUCCUGCAUGCGCCCUGACCGGGAAUCGGAUCAGCAACCUUUUGGUGCAUGGCAAGAUGCCCAACCAAGCCACACCGGACAGGGAGACAAAGCUAUUUUUUUCUUUUAUGUUUUGUGUUUAUUUUUGCUGUUCAAGCACAAAUGCAGCUGACUUUUAUUCUGUGUUAAUCAGCUUUUAAAUUUAGAUUAUUAUUGGAUUUUUUUAACCAGUAAUUUAAUGUGACAAGCCAUGGUCAGCAUGGCUUUCAGGUUCAAAGGCUUGGAGAAAGAGCUGACGCGCAAAUUAAAACACAAGACAAGAAAUAAUAAUUUUGAAAUUAUGGGGGGAAGCCAGGGAAAACUUAACUGUAGUAGUCAAGUUCCACUGAGUCUCCCUUCCUGUCUGUUUUUAUUUACUAGAAUACACAAUUGCCUUUUAGGAAUGCAAAUAGACAUAUCAAAGGUGAUUGUUUAGUAAAUAGUAAGGUUAUCAGGUUAGGGGGGAGUUUGCUUUGGGCCAUUGAGUCAGCAGUAGGUAAUAAAAUGCAAAUUCACCCUGUGAAUAUCAAAGGAGCCCAGGUCAGCCUUCUGAAGGACUUCUCACAUUUAUAUUAAUUACUGUUGAUCUUGGUUUCCAGCAUUUUAAUUACUAUUAUCCCGAAUUUC